AUGCCUAAAAUAAGAAAUAUUGAUAAAUUAAAGCACCCCAACAGCAGGAAAACCAUUUCACUUGCAAAAAAGAUGAUUAAAAAUGAAAAGAAAAAUAGCAAUAAACUCGGAACGCACAUAAAACAAAAUUUAAUUGGAGAAAAGAUUUUAUGGUUCAAAGAAAGACUACCGGAAGGUUGUGUAAUAUUGACUAAAGAACAAACAUUAAAUUUGAUUGAAACAUAUCUUGCUCGAUUUGAUGAAGAGUUAGAACAAAUUGCAUUAAAAAAUUCAAUAGGACAAAGAAAAAGCCGUCAACAUGCGAGUAGAGAAGAUGUUAUUAACAUUACGAAGAAGAGGGAACUAGAAGAGUUUGAAAGUUGUGGACUCGAAAUGCCGGACCUAAUGGACGCUCAGCAAAUGGAAGUUUUAAAAAAUUGGAAUGGUGAACUUCGAUUUUUACAACAUUUUAAAUUAAAAAGGGUGGCUAGAAAACAUUUGACA